AUGCAUUUCUCCAGCGGUCUGGUUGCCUCCAUGGCAAUCAUUCUUCCCAUUCUUGCACUACCUACAUCUUCCACUCAGAGCAAGCUACUACCUGCUGCUGAUGCAGUCCCCGGAGAAUCUUCUCUCUUCGUUAACUAUGCCGGCAAGAAGACACCCCUCGCCUCCAAAUGGAUGAAGGCGAUUGCUCCAAGCGCCUCCGGUCCUGCAGGACCCGACGACCUCCUCUUCCAGAAUUUACUCAGCGCCGAAUGGAUCAUCUACUCCUUCUACCAGCAAGCAGUAGAAACCUUCUCUCCCUGCGACUUCACCAAGCUGGGCCUACCGAACAGCACAUACCAACGCAUCGCUGAGAUCCGCGACAACGAAGCGGGCCACGUCCGCAUCUUUCAAAACCAGAUAUCUGACAACUCAAUGAAACCUGGUCCCUGCAAAUACGAAUACGGUUUCGGUCACAACGCAAGCAUAUUCCUCGCUUUGCAGGUCUACAUCGAAGUCUCAAGCAUGGCCUUCCUCACAGGUCUCUCACUCCUAGCCGAGGCGAACAUCUCCAAGUCCGCCCUGAUGGCAAUCGGUCAAGUCGAAACACGACACAACACCUGGUCCCUCAUCGAUGUGUACAACACAAGCCCAUUCUCCGGGCCCUCUGACACCAUCUACCCCUACGCAAACCAGAUCCUAGACAUGACAAACGCAUUCAUCGUGCCUGGUAGCUGUCCCACCGAGAACCCCGUGUACCCAACUCCCCGCCAGGACCUCCCUCGAAUGGCUUUCCUUGGAAACGGGACAACUGGCCGUCCUGGGUCGAAUAUCCAGUUUGUUUUCGACCCCACGGGGAACCAGCCUAAGUUCGUGGAUGGGACGGACUAUUAUGCGGUUUUCUAUCAUGGGGUGAACACGGUUAGUGUGCCGUAUGACCCGACGAAAAAUAGUGUGCAGAUUCCGAAGCCGUUCGAUCCUGACACUGGGAUCGUUAUGGUUUCUAUUGCUGAUCAGGUGGAUGCGCCGACGGAGGAGAGUGUUGUCGCUGGGCCGUUGAUUAUUUUGGAGCAGCCGGGUAUCCUUACGCUGAAAGAGCCUUCUGUUGCUUAG